GAGAGAAAGUGAAAGGCGAGCUCGGUGUCAGAUAAGAGAGAGAAAGGUAUGUGUAGAUGACAGUGAGAGAAAGAAGGGAAAAGUCUUAGUUCAUCAAGUUCUAGAGAGAAAAAGUAUAAAAGAUACAUAGAAAGAGAGAGAAACACAGCCCAAACCCAUAUUUUAUUCUCUGUUUUUCUAGUGAGAUAGAGAAAGUGAGACUUGUUUUUGCUGUUACUGUUGCCCAGAGAGAGACUUGCUGCGAAGAAAGGGAGAAGAAUAAAGGAUUAAACUGGAAAAACCCAAAGCAGAUACAAAACCCUAACCCUAGCAGAUAGUUCAUUAUAUUGCUGCUGCUUCAUCUCCUAUCUGGUUGCGUUAAUGAGCAGACAGUUAUUUCCCUCUUUCCUUCUAUUUGAUUACUUAUUGAGAAAUAAAGCUCUUUUAUUUCUUUGGUGCCUCACAUUUUGCAGCGUACAUUGAGCUUUAUUUGCCUGAUCUUUGUGCGCAAGAAACGGAAAAUUGGGAUUUAUUCGGGAGUUUCCAAGUGGGUUUGCUUCAAAACCGUAGCUUUUUUAGUUUUUGAAUUUGGCGGUGCGUGUUUCGGUGGACAAACUUUUCUGCAGUGGUCUGGCUUGAGUGCUUCAACGAUUCUACGUUUAAACCAGUAUCCUGAAAUGGAUGCUUGCUGAGUUGUUUGAAAGCCUACUAUUGAUAUCACAACGGAGCCGAAGAAGUGAAAAUUGGAGGGUGUUUUCCAAUCCUGAUUUUAUUGACGUGUUGGCAUUUUACAAGGGUUUUGUGGAAAACUUGGGUUGGUCACUACAUUUUGUACUUUGGUUUGAUAAAGAUCUUUGCACUGGAGCGAUUAGGGCUGCCGGGGACCAUGUCUUCGUUGAGUAGGGAAUUAGUUUUUUUGAUAUUACAGUUCUUAGACGAGGAAAAAUUCAAGGAAACCGUUCAUAAGUUGGAGCAAGAGUCUGGGUUCUUCUUCAACAUGAAGUACUUUGAGGAUCAAGUACAGGCUGGUGAAUGGGAUGAAGUGGAGCGGUAUUUGUGUGGAUUCACAAAAGUUGAUGAUAAUCGUUAUUCAAUGAAGAUUUUCUUUGAAAUCCGGAAGCAGAAGUAUUUGGAAGCACUAGAUCGGCAGGAUCGAGCAAAGGCUGUGGAGAUUCUUGUGAAGGACCUAAAAGUAUUUGCAUCCUUCAAUGAGGAGCUUUUCAAAGAAAUUACUCAGCUGCUGACUCUUGAUAACUUUAGGCAAAAUGAGCAGCUUUCCAAAUAUGGGGACACAAAAUCGGCUCGAAAUAUCAUGCUGGUAGAACUUAAAAAGCUGAUUGAAGCAAAUCCACUAUUCCGUGACAAGCUUAUGUUUCCAGCUUUUAAAAGUUCUCGACUAAGGACUUUGAUAAACCAAAG